GGGGGAGGCGGAAAAGGGAGAGGUGGGGUCUUUUCUAUGCAUAGUGGAGUACGGCGGCUGAUGAUCGAUAGGAUAUGGAGUCCGGGACCACAUCAACGUACACCGUCACAUAUGCCCCGGACUACAAGAAGACACACACACUGGCCAAAGUGGCAGAAUUCGACGACCGCAUAACGUUUCUCGAGAAGGUGCUGGGCAUGUCAGCGCUCACGCUCGACGCCGACAGCGACUCCCUGCUCGCCCCCGCAAUGAUCCCGCAUCUCGAGGAGCUUUCGCGGCAGAUGACGGUGCUGAACAGCAGCACGACCAGCUCGCUCGACUCCGCGUCGCGCCGCGUAAAGCAGCUCACCGCCGACACCGAGAAGCUGGCGGAGGCGCGGAAGGCGGCGAAGACGGAGGCGGUAACGGCCGAGGAGGAUGAUGAGACCACCGCGAAGAUCAAUGCGCUGUAUGGCGUCUUGCCGACCAUCGAGAGUAUGAAACCGCUGCUGCCGGCGCUGCUGGAUCGGUUGCGGAGUCUGAGGGCCGUGCAUCAGGAUGCGGCUAGGGCGGCCGAGAUCCUGGUGGCAGUGGAGAAGCGGCAGGAGGAGAUGGCGGCAGAGAUACUGAAGUGGGAGGAGACGCUGGGUAAAGUCGAGGAGGUGGUCAAGACGAGCGGGCAGACGGUCGAGGGGAACAUGGUCAAGGUUGAGACGUGGGUUAGGGAGAUUGAAAAGAAGAUGGAGGCUUUGCGGUAGGGGAGUUUCGGUUCCGGAGUUGGGGGUGUACUUGUGUUGUGUGCUCCAUGCAAGAUUUAUAUCCUGGGUGACGUAAGGCGUGAGGGAGUCGAUAAUGUUAAUACGGUACAUGGCGAGAUGUUGCUUUGGCCGGUGGGUGAACGGGCUUGAGCCGUCCACGCAUUCCGUUGUAUGGAAUAGUGAGAUUCGAAGGAAUAUCGUAGAUCUAGAGUAGCAAG